GGGCCACACCUCCGCUUCUCACAGCUGGAGCACGGCCCGGCCCUGCGCAAAACUGGAGAUGAGCCCAUAGCGAGCUGCCCUUCGCGGCCGGGCCUCCGGGGACUCGCUUUGGCUCCGGCUUUCCCUGUCCGAUAUUCGGCAAGGACAGAGGGACGUUUUCCUCAUGUUCCAUGAGGUGCUGCGGGGCCCAUUUCCGCCCAGAGUGCUGCCUUUCCUGGCAGCGGUGCUUUUCCAGAGGAAGGAGAGGAGAGACUCGGGGCUCUAUCACUGGCGGUGGGAAAAGCACCCUUACUACAACCUAACAGUAAAAGUCCUCCGAGCCAGAAACAUCAAGGGUACCGAUGUAUUGUCCAAGGCAGACUGCUAUGUGGAACUGAAGCUGCCCACUGCAUCUCCCCGUGUCUCUCGAACUCAGGUUGUUGACAACUCUGAGAACCCAGAAUGGAAUGAAACUUUCCAGUAUCGCAUCCAUAGUGCUGUCAAGAACAUUCUGGAGUUGACCCUCUAUGAUAAGGAUGUCCUUGUCAGCGAUGAGCUCACCUCUAUUGUCUUCGACCUGGGGGGCAUGAGGCCGGGUCAGCCCGUGCUGCGCACCUUCAGGCUGAACCCCGAGGCUAAUGAAGAGCUGGAUGUAGAGUUUUUCUUGGAGAAAUGCUCAGAUGCUCCUACAGAAGUACUGACCAACGGAGUCCUUGUGGUUCAUCCUUGCUUGUGUCUGCAAGGCACUGUCAACAAAGAGGAAAACACAAAAGAGAAACAGCAAGGACGCUGUGAGGUCAAGGUGUCUGUCCCAGGGGCAUAUCAAAAGCAGUUGUCUAUUCCUUGGACACCAGACAAUGAGACGGAUUAUGGAACCUCCUUUGUCUUUCAUGUGGAUAAAGAAAUGUGUCCAGAACUGCAAGUGGAGCUGGAGCAAACCAUAUCUGUCCUUCAGGAUGGCGUGAACCCUGAUAUUGAAAAGCAUUCUACAGUUCUGGGACUGGGGACUGUACCAGUUAAUUCCCUUCCUAUUGGAGAAAAAGUUGAUAAAAUCAUUUCUUUGGGAGAGGGAAAAAAUUUGGAUAUGAGUUUGAAAACUGAAGAGAGCACUUGGGAUCUUGAUAUACGUCUGGGUUUUGAUCUCUGUAAAGAGGAGAGAGAAUUUUUGGACAAAAGGAAGAAAGUAGUUUCUGAGGCACUGAGGAAGACUCUUCACUUAAAAGAAUCCCCUCCAAAGGAUGAGGUUCCAGUUGUAGCAGUGCUGGGCUCUGGAGGUGGGAUGAGAGCACUGACAUCGUUCUAUGGCAGCCUUGCUGGGCUGCAGCAGCUGGGCCUUCUGGAUGCUGCAAUAUACCUCUGUGGGAUUUCUGGCUCUACUUGGUGUUUAUCAACACUGUAUCAAGACCCUGACUGGUCACAGAAAGACCUCCAAGAUGCUAUCAGAAGAGCUCAGGAUACUGUGUCCAGCAGCAAAGCAGGGGCAUUUUCCCCAGAACGACUGAAAUACUAUUUCCAGGAGUUGAAUGCAAUGGAGAUCGCUGGACGGAAGGUUUCCUUUACAGAUUUGUGGGGCCUUAUUGUGGAAUAUUUCCUACAACAGAAGGAAGAUCCAUCAAAGCUGUCUGAUCAGCAGGAAGCAGUGAAAUGGGCCCAGAACCCUUAUCCUAUCUAUGCAGCUGUCAAUGUGAGACCCAAUAUAAGCAGUGGUGACUUUGCAGAGUGGUGUGAGUUCACUCCCUAUGAAGUUGGAUUUCGCAAAUAUGGAGCUUUUGUUCGAACAGAGGAUUUUGACAGCGAGUUCUUCAUGGGACGGCUUGUCCAGAAACAUCCAGAGCCCAGGAUUUGUUUUCUACAAGGAAUGUGGGGCAGUGCCUUUGCUGCAAGCUUGGAUGAUAUCUGCCUGAAGGUGGUUGGUAUAGGACUGAGCUUUCUGGAUUCUUUCAAAGAUGUUAUCAAAGUUGUAGAUGACUGCCGAAGAUUCCAUUUCCGAGACCCAGCACGACUGAAGACUCGCUUGGUUAUACCUGGGGGCCCCUUGUUACAAAUUUUUCAGGAUUUCUUCAAGUCCCGGGUCACAUGUGGAGAAACCUUCAACUUCAUGAAGGGAUUGUAUCUUCAUAAAGAUUAUGUUAACAUCAAGGAAUUUGUGACUUGGAGAGGUACUCACCUGGAUGCAUUUCCCAACCAGCUGACUCCCAUGGAAGAGAGCUUGUAUUUAGUGGAUGGUGGCUUUUCCAUCAACUCUCCCUUUCCUUUGGUACUUCAGCCAGAGAGGGAUGUGGAUGUUAUUUUGUCAUUCAAUUUUUCCUGGGAAGCUCCAUUUGAGGUUUUAGAGCUGACUCAGAAGUACUGCGAGGAGCGGGAAAUUCCUUUUCCAAAAAUCAAAUUCAGUCAGGAAGAUGAAGAGAAGCCAAAAGAAUGCUACAUGUUUGUGGAUGAAAAUAAUCCAAAAGCUCCAAUUGUACUCCAUUUCCCUCUAGUGAAUGACACUUUCCAGAAAUUCAAAGCUCCAGGAGUUGAACGUGAGUCAGAAGAAGAGAAAUCCUUUGGUGACUUUAUCAUUGAGUCGAAAGAUUCCCCUUACCGUACACUAAACUUCACCUUUGAGCCAUAUGAUUUCAGCAGGUUAGUGGAAGUGAAUCGCUACAAUGUUCUGAACAACAAGGACACUCUCCUCAAAACCCUGAACUUGGCUCUGCAGAGGAGGAAGUUGAAGAAAGUGACCAAUAAGUCAAAUACAUGAGCAGUUUGCAAGGCUGAGGGUAUACAGAGAGGCUGCAGUGUACAAAAGCCGUGAGGUUCAAGACAGGAUACUGAAAGUGGAUAGCUGGAAGCUGUCUUCCUCAGGAGGGAGUAGUAACCUGACACUGAAAACUCAUUCCAGGUUAUGUGCUCUGAUGGAAACUCAAGGGAUGUACAAUACAACAUGGACAUUGCUUCCUCACAUUGGGAAGAAUAAGGAAUUACCUAGCUCAGUGUCUCAAAUCGCAGUGGCUGAUUCCAGAGGAUUCGGGAGGUCUAUCCAAACCACUCAAGCAUCUGGAGAAUAAUCUUCCAGACUCUGAGUGAUGCACCUGUUUUUAUCAAAGCUGUGUUGGUGUUUGAGGAAGCAGAUUCAUUCUGUACCUUUAUCUCUUGCUUAUGAACCUCCUUUCAUGAACUUCUACAGUUUGCAUCAUCUUAAAAAGAACUACACAGAUAAAAACUACACACUGAGAGAAGAGAUGUCUCCUUUUGCUUUCAGCUUGCUACUGGCUGAUACCCUGGUACUUUCAAGACUAAAUAGUCAUUACUUCCCAUUUUGUCAUUCAUGGUUUCAAUUUCCUUUCCCUUCUUGAGGAUUUUAAUGGCUUUUCGUCUCCCAGAAAUUCUAUACAGAGAAUCUUAUUUUGGUAAACAAAUUUUUUUCAAGGAAAUAAAUGUUUUUUAUGUUUAACAAUAAAAAUACAUUGUGGGAUUUUGUUACUCUUUCCUAUAGUUUGAUCAUCAUGAGGUGAUGAAACCGUGCUGAAAAUACUGUAAGUUUCAUCUUUCUGUGUAAGAGGAAGGAAGGCUCCUUUGAAGGGUUUGAAUUAGAUAUUUUUUACUUACACUUCAGCUUGUAAUUCACCCAGACCUUUGUUGAAGGAAUUUGUGUCUAUGUAUUUUAGAAACAUCAAUAGUCAAGGUAGGCACACCUUAUGAAUGUGAAUUAAUAAAAUAAUGUCAGAUGCUGCUGUGCCUGGGAUGGGAUUCACCUCACUUUGCAAAAAGCCCAGAGAAAAGUACUGAAUGGUGCAGGUGGAAAAUAUGUAAUGCAGAACUGUGGCAGACAAGCGCUGUUCCUUUUAUGGCUUUUACAUUGAGGUGAAUGUACCAAUUCUGCAUUUAAAACUGAGGACAGGAGAUUUGUCUUAUGAAAGUAUUUAAGGGCUUAUGGAUGGGUAUGAUUCUUAAUACAUUUUCUAUGUGUUUUUCUUUUAAUAAAUACUAGUU